AUGGGCGAUGCCGAUGUGGUUCGGGUAGACUCAGCUAGUGCCACCAACCUCAAACACAUGAUUGACAGGCUCUCCGUCUCAGCCCCGACACUGCAAGGCCAUCAUGAACCGUCCGAAUACAAGACCUUGGACAUGCUCGAGCAUACCUCAUUCGAACGAUUACAGCAGGACGAAGAUGGAGCCUCGUUCUUAGUCUGGUCGAUCUUCUUGCGGCCAUUCGGAAUGACUAUCGCUCAUGGCAUGAAGAUUGCCAUAAAGGAGCCCUUUCUUGGACAGUGUCCAACUGGCGACCUGGCAAUUUGCGUGCAUCAUCCCACGGACUGCAUUCUUGUCGACUCAUCGUCUCCGACGACAAAGCCUCCACUACCCGCCACACCAUCCUGCUCAACACAUCACAUUGCCAUACGCCCAAGCAGUUUGGGAGGACGGGGUGUCUUCGCCACUGCACCGAUUGGCGCUGGAGGUCUUGUCGUGCUUGAGAAGGCUUUGGCUUUAAGCGACAGCGUCGACGCCGCCACGUACGGGAACGGAAUCGAUGGUAUUUUGGAAGGAGAGCGAAGCAACGGGAGGAAGCUGGCCCUCUUGCAACAAGUUGUAGACAAGGUAUGUAAUGACGGAGAACUGCAGCAAAAGUUGUUCGAGUUGCAUGCUGGACAGCGACCGCCAGUAUCACCAGACGACUCCGCCCUGCCCGCUCCUCUUUCCACCGCGGCGUUCGACACCUAUCGCGCCCUCGCCAUCGUCAAGCACAAUGCGCACACAAUCAUUCCUGGCAAUACGUCCGACCAUCACGACAUCUCGAACAAGGCGGCUCGGCCUAACCAUCCAUCUGCGCAUGACCAAACUCCCGGCAUCUGGUUGCAGGCAUCGAUGUUCAACCAUUCAUGUCUUCCGAACUGUACCUGGGCUUGGACGGGAGAUUUGUUCGUUGCUCGGGCCAAUCGAGAUAUUGCCGCCGAUGAGGAGUUGACGGUGGCUUAUGUCCCGACUUCAUACGACUAUGAGAAGCGCAAAUCCAUUUUGAGAUCAUCAAACGACUUCGAGUGCUUAUGUCCACUGUGUGAAGCAGACAAAACCGCUGCACGCACCCCUGAAGUUCAGGAAGCAGUCACCAAAGCCCAGCGUCUGCCGAAAUAUGUAAAGGGCGGUUCUCAUGAGGAGAGAGUCAGGGAAGCGGCAAUGCUGGUGCGUUCAGCAGUGGCUGCGUAUCCUCGCUCCAUAUACACCGAUCCAGAUGGUGCUGAGCUGCCGUGCAUUCAGCUUGCCGAACCUUUCUAUCAUCUUGCCCAUGCCAUGCUAGAUCGAGCAAAGAACGGACAUGACUGGAUCGCAACAUCUUCCGAUAUGAGGAACAACGCCCGCUUAUACUUCACCGCGUGCGUGGAAGUCGGUCUGGGUUACAAGCUGGUCUUGGAUCAGCAAUCCCCAUACUGUGAACUAAUACUAAUGAAACACAGCCAGCCAAGGCCGAUUGGUGUUUUAGCCUUCAUGGGCUUGGCUGAGCUCGCUUUCAUCGACGGAGACAAGAUACGUUGCAGGGCGCUGAAAGCAUGUGCGAAGAAAUUGUACGGAAUCUGGUAUGGAGAAGACGCCUCAUUCAAAAAGCAGCACUUAUACUACAAGUGUAAGGCCGAACCGCCCGAGAAGGGAAAAGUGUCGUCGUCGAAGGAAUGGGAAGAGUUGAAAGCGGCGAUGUUAUUGAAGUCGACGGUGCCACCGAAAUUGAGUGCAAGUUGA